UGUUAUAUAUACCCUCUUGUCCCACUUACCAGAAGUUAAACGAUUCCCGGGAUAUAUGUGUAGCGUCUGGUAUGCCCAUCGUUCAGUUAACACAGAUUUCUUUGGUUGGCAUACACAUGGUCAAAGCAAAUGGCCAGCAGUAGCUACUCCAGAAAUGUGCAGCCAAAUGAAAGAAUUCAGAAGAUGCGGCGACUUCGCAAUGAAUCCGGCGGGGCCACGAAAAUUUACUUACGACCUGUAUCCUAACAUACAACCAUUGUGGAUGAGAACAAUAACCCAUAAGGUUCUGAACUGUAAAAUUGAAGAAGUAGCUCUAGAAACGGAAUGCGACAAUUGCACAAUCAAUUCUCCGUUAGGAACACUUUCAGGCAGCUUGAACGGGACAGCAACCGUUAACUUCGUUACUUUAAUCUGGGAUAAUUCAUAUAAAGAAAAGAAAGACUGCGAGCUUAAGUUAGUAAGAAGCGGAGAAGGACAGCUUUACAAAACAAAUAAUCCCGAGAUCAAACGUUUACAGGAUAAACACAGCCAAACAGACUUUCUCAUCAACACAACAAUGCUCGCUUACUGCGGAAAGCGGCAGUUACAAAGUGUAAUGGGAAUGGAAAAAAUUUUAGUAGCGAUUAACAUGGCACCCCCAACAGGAGAUUUUGAGAAAUUCGAUCCCAAUGCGACGGUAGAGAACGAGAGGAAAACCAGCAGUAAUACAACAAAUGCACAGGUCAAACAGGUUGCCUCAACAAUAAAAGCAGAAAUUGAAGCCGCAGCCCAUGUCCAAUACACCAGAGACAUAGCAUUAGACUACGAGAAUAGACUGGCAAGAGAAAUUCGUCGGUUACAAUGUGAAAACCGAAAAAUGAACCAUCACAGCGUAAUCGUAAGCGCUCAGUACAAUGGCUGGUUAGCAGCUACUCACAUGCAACUCCCAAGAUGUUCGAAAUUAGUAGCUAACGGUGCCCAAGCUUCAAUCUUGCAAUGUAGGGAGCAAAAUGUUACCUUCCACACUGAAUUUACGAAAUGUGGCCCCCAACCACGUUAUCUUAAUUUUACAAUAGCAGUCGAAGGUUGGGAACUCGUGCCCUUCACCGACUGCUAUUGGUAUUCAAAUUUUGUAAAUUUUAAUGGGAAAACUCACGCCUACAAAAAUGGGGAAUGGAUUCCAGUAUUUGCCAACAUCCAAGUUCAAGGGAGAAAACUAAUUGAAACGGAGAAAUUUGAAGCCGACAACACUUUAGCAACCCUUCUGCAAAUGCAUCCAGCAAUUCAAAAUAGCCCUUUGAGUCAUGCGUCGGUGAUGGCUGACAUCCUUGCCACCAUUCACGAACAUCAUUCAGAGGACAACACAAAAGAACUUCUAACUUCCAAUGUCUUAAUUCACCAUAGCGAUGCCCCCACGGAUUUUGUAGCAAAAAUGGGAGAGUGGAUAAAAAAUUUUGGAGCCAUUUCAGGCUUCGGGAUGAUUUCAGUAUUCGCCGUUAGAUUUUGUGGUAUCGGAUCCCUCCUACUCAAAGCCUUCCCAAUUAUGUCAAAAAUAUUCCAACUAAACUGCUUCAGCAAAACACCAGCAGCAAUUACCGCAACAGCCACACCACCGCCGAUUCAAAUCAUUAUGCCUCCUACCAGCAGUUCAUAUUCAACCAAAUCCACAGCCUCGGAACGAUCAACAGAGCCCCCACGCAGAAAGAAGAGGCAGCGAAACCGCCAACGCCCUAAUCAACCUGAAACCGAAUCCUUCCUCCAAGAAAAUCAAGCCAACCCUCCCAGACGAGUUUGA